GGGAGGUAAUCACUGUGAGGAGUCUGAGACUGGUGAAGAAUUUUAAUUUAUUUUCAAACUGAAAGAAACGUGAAAUGACCACACCCAAAAUUUCUUGAAAUCAAGAAAAAGUUUACAGAUUUAAAAGAUAAAGAGAUGCUGGAAUGUCUGGUGCAAUUUACCCAGCUCUAGAAGUGAUUGAAGAGUUUGACUCGACUAAAUGGAACCCACUUCACUGUAAUGUGUGUAAUGAACAAUAUAAGGAGCCAUGUAUAUUGCAGUGCUACCACAGUUUCUGUACACAGUGUAUACAAGGCAGGGUUGAAGAAGGAAAAGUAGUGUGUCCAUUAUGUGGGCGUAUAACUCUGAUAAAAGAAGGGAACACUGUCCCACCGCCAGACCCCAUACUGAAGUUCUUGGUGGAGUCCUCGACGGGGGAGACAGUGACAUGUGCCAACUGUGAUCAGACAAACUUGGAAAUGUUCCACUGUAAGACGUGUAACCAGCCACUGUGUGUAACAUGUAGGGAGGAUACUCACCGCGCUAAAAUGUUCUCCAAACACGAUGUCGUUCUCCACACCAAACAUACAAGAGAUAUACAGAAAGACUGUAAGAUCCAUGGGGAGCCAUUUAUUCUGUUCUCUACAGAGAAGAAAGUUAUGUUGUGUAUAAACUGCUUCAGAGAUAUGAAAGUGGAGAGUCGGUCACAUUGUGUUGAUCUAGAAACUGCCUACAAACAAGGCUGUCAGAAGAUUGAUGAUACAAUGCAGUCUAUCAGAGAUCUACAGAGCUCGGUUAGAGAUGGGAUAUUGUUGUUACGAGCUUUACUAGAGGAGAUACAGAUCAAUGCUGAUAAUGAGAAACAAGAUAUCAAUGAUCUAUAUAACACGAUGCAGGAGAAAAUCAUAGAAACUAAAGAAGCCUUACUGCAGGAAAUUGACAAACAAUUUGUGGAGAAAGAAGAGUUAUUUAAGAAUCAGCUGGUCAGUCUACGAACAUUUUUACCGACCCUACAUGUACAUCUAGUCACCUGUGCCGCCUUCUGUGGCUCUACGAGUAAAUAUGAGUUCCUAGACUUCACUUACGAGAUGAUGAGAAGACUGACGGCUAUCAUCCAGGUACCACAACCCCUCCAUCCAUCACAAACCAGUGAAAUACUGACUGAUUAUAAAACUAAACUAGCCAGGUGUUUGGAACCAUUAUUAUUUCCACAUAGAAAUGGCAUAACUGUUCCAGUUUCCAUAGCAACCAAUGUGUCAACAGGGUCAAGGUCCCCGGACAAGUUGGAAACUGGCAAGAACGUGAGUGAAGAGUCACCUGACGAGGAGAGAAUCAACAAGACUCGACGUAUCCAGAACAAGAAAAAGCUCAAGUUAAAACUGAUGGAGAACAAAGGCUUCUUUGCUGACCAUUGCAAGGAAUUUGAUGAAUCUCACAUGGGGUUGAUGGGGUCAGUGGACAGUUUGAAGCAGGCAGUGCAGGAAUUACAACGUGAUAUUACACUACGCAGAAGUCUCACUAAAGAUCUCACAAUCAAUGAUUUAAAAACAAAAAUUUCACAGACCGAAGAACUUCUUGAUGUUCACUUUUCUACAAUAGAAGAAAAACAGCCAGGUCUCGAACAGCACUGGGAAGAAUCUUUAGAGAUGAUCGCAGCUGAACAAGAAGUCUAUCAGGCCCAGUUACAGGACAUAGGUCGGUUGAAGAAUGAAGUAUGUUCAGUGAAGACUAUUUUGCAGAAACUGAUGUCGUUCAUGUCAUCUAUAGCCAAUGUCACACAAAGAUUAGCUCCAAAGCUAGGAAAAGCAACAUCUGCAGCCGAGAAUGACAGUCAACAUAAUGCCUUGUUUAGACAGAUUAGUGAAAUGCAGCCUGAUUCACAACAAAGAGUUGAUGCAAUUAGAAAUGCUGAGGAAGAGAGGGAUAUCAAAACGGCUAACAGAGUUAACCCCCUUGAUGAAGAGUUGAUAAAAACUAAAGGACUCCUGAGAGCGCCGUCUGCUCGGAAAGAUCCGACAAAGCGUCUGUCGACAGAGAUUAAAGAAUCAGGGUCAGAAGAUGCUAAGAAAAUCUCAGCUACAUCUAAAGACCAGGAAACAGACAAAACUGAUCUGGAAAAUGAUAAAGAUGAAUUAAAAUGCAGUACAGAUAGUAUUAAAUCUACAGGGGAGAAUUUGCAGAAUGGCCCAGUCUCCCCGUGUUCUGAUCAUAGUGGAAAUGCCAGCACUGAGAAUGAUACAUUAGUACAUGGAGACACUCUAAAUUCAGAUAUAAGUAUUGUUAACAGUCCAGAAGAUCAGGAAAAUGAUGAUAUUAUGACUGGUGAUGUAACAGGUUCUAUGCCAGAUAUAACAGUGUUAGUGGCAAGGGCAGAUAAGGUCAGUGAGUCAAGUUCGACCGGGGAAGAUACUGAAGGAAACACGAGCAGUAUAGCAGUGGUUACGCCGGAGUCGGACUCCGAAUUAGACAUAAGUGUGAGCAUAGAAUCUUUGCAAUCGGAGGAAAGUGAAAACGUGAGACCUGGUCAUGUGAAAGAUCUUAUCGCUAAGGUAGAUAAUAUUUCGAAUCUAAAUACUGGCGAUAAGUCACCAGGGGCACGUUCUCCAACCAUGUCGUUAUCUGAUAAACUUUGUAUUUCCAUGGAAGACCUGCACAUAGGAGUUAAUGGUAGACCUGUGACACCCGACAGUGUUUCACCUGUAUCUCUGGAAGCCAAUGGAGUGGAUAAUGAUCGCAUGAACCAGUUUGUGUCCUUGGAUAGUAAUGGUAAAGCAUACAAAGUAAAGAGUGGUGACGAAAAUGAUGUUUCCGAGAACGGUGUCGAGAUUAGUGAAGCGUCUGGUGAUGGGGAUGAAGUCUAUGUCGCUAAAAGCUUGCCAGAACUAGCACAAGUUUUUGAACCUGGCGAGCUAAAGCAAAAGAAAAGGAAAGCGAAGAAUGGCAAAGGAAAACAGAAUGAAGAUAAAAAUUAAGUCAUUUUGAUUUAAGGAUACAGUGGUGUGAAAUGUUUAAGUGUGUUUAAGUGUUGGUGGCUUUUCAUAAUUUGGGUCGAAUUGGGGAAAGUAAAAAAAUAGGUACAAAUCUUACAGUAAGCAGACAAAUUUUUGGCUAAUUAAUGAAAAAAGUCUUAAAUUGUUCUAUUCUGUUUGAAUGGUUUUUCUUAAAAUUUGUAAGUAUAAAAAUUGUCAUCACUGACGAUUAUCAGAGACAUAUUCGAUUGUUCCAUUCUUUUAUUGCAAGAAUCCAGUUAUGAACUUUUCAUAUAUAAAGGCCUGACAUUCCAAGUGUUGUUAAACUUGGUUGCCUUGAAGCUGUUGUAGUGAAACAUACAAAGAAAGGACAUUAAGACUGAAAGAUCAGGAUAAAAAUAUAGUCCGACGAUCAAAAGAUAAACUGCUGCACUCCAUAUAUGCUAAAUCAAGUAUUUUCUUUUUUUCCCCUAUGCAUUUCUGUGAAGUAAUUGAAGUUUAAGCAUUGUGUGCAAUGGAUAUAUUUCUUUAACCCUAUGUGGUGUAGUCAUUUCAAUGAAAUGAAUAUAUUAACCUUUGUGCUUUCAGCAAUAUUGUGCCAAAUUUUAUCCUUUUAUAUUUUAUAUAUGUUAUUUAUGUCUAAAAAUUUAGUGACAGGCUUUUAUCGCUCUAUAUGCAACUAUGUUUUCUUUCUUAUCUAUUUUGCAUUGAUGUUUUUUCGUUAUUGCUGAAGUUGAUUAUUUAGAGUGCCUUUCAUAAUUGUUAAGAUGCAACUUGGAUAAAAAAUUUCCAUGCACCUCUUUUGGUUAUCAAAGAUAUUUUUUGUCAUUAUUGAGUUCUUUAUACUUUAAAUUGAUGAUUUUACUGCUAGUCGAUUGCUUAAUUAUUUUAUGAAAUAAUUAGUUUUAUACUAUAUUAAGUAACUGUAUAUAAAGUUUUAUAAUCAAAUGCAAGUUUGUUUCGUCACUUUUCAUUGGAUAAUCUUGACUUUUAUAUAAUUUUGUAUACAAGGCUGUUGUCAAUUUAUGAAGGAAUGUCAUUUGUUUUCUCUCUAAAAGGAAGUUUGCUGUAUAAUAAAUUUGUUAUAAAGAUUCCUUACAAGUUAUAUGGCCAUAUAUAAAUGCUUGUUUACAAUAUAAGCAGAGCCUAGUAGAUUGGGUUAUAUAUGCAAAUAACCAUUUAUAUAUGGCCAUAUCUAUCCAGCUAGCUUACAUAACGUCAGUGGUUAUACUCGGGUGCCGGUUUGUGCCUGAAGAAAUGCACAGAAUGGCACAUGAGGUCUUCCUCCACAAGUAAAGCUGGAACAUCGCCAUAUGACCUAUAAUAUGUCGGUGUGAUGUAAAACCAAAUCAAACAAACAUGUGGCCAUAUAACUUGUCAAAAUCUUCAUAACUAAUACUAUAUAUAGUAUUACCAUUUCUCAUUGCAAAGUUGUUUAUAUACUGAUACUUUAAAUAUUUGGUGCGUUUUUGAUACUUUUCAUUGACUGCUAACCUUUAAUAGGAUUUCUGAUCUCUGAAGCUACACAUAGAUUUUCCUACUAUUCAUAAGGUGCUGCUAUGUUUUUAGCUGUUUCAAAGCCAUGUAGCAGUCAUGUAUUACAUUGUGUUGUUUUUGUGACAUUUUUCUUUCCAACCUAAACAGUAUUUUGAUAAAGUCUUGAUGUAUUAUGCUGCACAUAAAAUUCAUUUGGUUACAAUUACUUUUGUAACUUUUUUCUUCCAAUCCCAAAUGUUAUUUUGAUAGUUUCCAUGAAUUAUGGUGUACAGUUAUGGUAUCUAUAUAUCUAUAUGGAUGAAACAGAUCUUAUAAUAAUGCAUCAUCUAUACUUGCAUCUGACAAUCAGUCUCGUUUUCAAAUCCAAACUAUCGGCCGAUUUCAUUUCAACAUUACAGGAAUGUUAAGGAAUUCCUAGUUGUGCAUUUUACCCAUGGUUGAUUUUCAUUUCCACAAUAUUUUAGAGAGGUUUUGUUUUUAUUUUUGAAAAAACUUUUUGAAUAGUUUCUUUGUUAUAAAGUGGUUUAUGUUGUUAACUUUGAUUCAUUUAACCUAUACAGCUGUAUGCCUAUAGGUCAUGUAAUCAAAGAAUGUUUAAUUAAUUUAUGCGGUAAAUUACUAUAAAGUUUUUCAUGUCUUUGUCUGAACAAAUGAUUACAAUCUGGGUCUUCUGAGUAAAGUAGGAGUGCUGUUGUAUGAUGUAGUGUAGAUUUUUCUUGUUUAUCAGACAGGAUUAUCUACUGUUUACAUUGAUGCGAGCAAAGCCAGUAUCACACCCCAACCCCCAUGUAAGACUAGCCCCUUGCUUUCAAUGAUGUCAUUCCUGCGCUCCAUUUAUGAAUAAAUUAGGAUGAUGUCAUUUUGCCUUUAGGAAUGAAGUUGUAAAUUCAUACAUUACUUUAAGACAAAGGUGCUAAAUGAAUUAUCUAUUAGUUAUUAUACUUUCUUUCUGAAUAUGAUUUAUGAGUGAUAAGCAAAAAACUAAAAUCAAACACAGGCUGUCCUCAGGAAUACCUUGCUUUCAAGUAACUUUUUAGGGGGAAAUUGGCAUAGCCCCAUAUAACCACGGUACCCUCAAGCUAGAUAUUCUAUUCUAUAGUGUGUACUAGCAUUCUGCAGAUGUAAGAUUAUUAUAAUCUAGUGUCAAAAACAGUGAAUGUUGCUUGUACGUAUGUACAAUAUACAUGUAUUUUAGUGAUUAUUGUGUUACAAUUUAUAUACAAAGCUGCAAUAAUCAGUAUUUUCCCUUGUUAUUGUUUAUUUUUCAUGUAUUUUGUAUUUUCAUUUAUUUUUGAGAUUAUAACAUUAAAGCAAAUUUCUUUAUGGGCAUUAUUUUAACAUGCUUUAUACUUUGUCAGAAUAAAAAAAGAUAAUUCUCAA